UGAAAUCGAAACUGGACUAUCUGAAAACUGGUGAAUCAGUGAUUGUUGAUGACUGGAAAAGUACUGAAUUUGAAAUCGAAGCCGGACCGUCUGAAAACUGUGGGGCGGAGAGCAGAGGAGUGUUGGGUGGUGAGAGUGAGUGAGCACCCAGUUGACCCCCCUCCCCGACCAACAACCCCCCCAUGCGGUGGCGGCAGCAUGAAGCAGGAACGUCGCUCGAUGCAGCGCCGCGCCGCUCGCCAAGAGGCCUGGAUGUCUGCCGGGCUGGAGCCAGGGCUUCAUGCCCUCAUGCCCUAGGCCCACCCGUCAUGCCCCCUUUCAGUCACGCAUGCGCACUACCCUCCAUGCCACCCGACACCGGCACCCUUCGGCACUCUGUCACACAUUCGGUCCGGCCAUCCCCGAAAAACUACAAUUCGGUAUUAUCUCAAUUUCAGUUGCGGUAGUACAUUAUCACUACAGUGUUCAAUUGCACUCGAACUCUGUGUCUCUACUGUGAACACAACUUCAGUUCAUGUCACGUACCGUAAACUACAAUCCGGUAUUAUCUCAGUUUCAGACACUGUAGUUUAUUAUCACUACAUUGUUCAAUUCCACUCCAAUUCUAUGUCUCUGAGGUCAACAAAACAGCAGUUUUUGUCACAUAAAACUACGAUUCGGUUUCAUCUCAGUUUCAGAGACAGUUCUUCUUUGUCAAUAACAGUGUAACAUAAGUAAACUUCACUCAGAUUCGGUGUCUGAAGUUUUUGUCUCAAUACGAUAUCAUCCCAAUCUCCAUACACGAUAGUUCAAUAUCAUCUACAGAUUGCCGUGUUCAGUUAAUUUGAAAGUCUACUCUGGAUAGUUUUUGUCCCAAAAGGGUAUCACUCCAAUCUCUGUACACGAUAGUUCACUAUCAUCUUACAGAUUUGAGAGGUUAGUUCAUUUGAAAGUCCACUCGAAUUAUGUGUAUCUGCUAUCAAAGAUCUGUGAUUUUGUCACAUAAAACUAUAAUGCGGUAUUCUCCCUAACUCGGAAUACAGUGGCUCAUCUCAUCUACAAACUACAGAAUUGAGGUCUGCUAGAAUCCCUCACAAAUUAGGUGUCCCUGCCAUCUCACUUCUGAAGGCCUUUUCACCUGAAACCUCGAAACGAUAGAUGACUUCAGUUUCAGCAUACGGUAGUUACAGCUCAAGAGUGAUAAAACUAUUAAAAUCAGUACCUACGCUAAUAAUAUUGAGUCUGAUCUCACCAAGUGUUGAUUUGGCAACUUGAAGACCUUGUGGACAACUUGGAAGACAAACACAAAACUUGAAAACAGACUCUGUCCAAUUUAUCAAUCAAUCCAAACUCAAUCUAAUCUACUAGGCAAUCAAGACUUACUUCAGACUCAAUCGCAAAUCAGACUAAAUAAAUGCAAUUCAACUAUUUCAACUCACACAAAAUUGAAACUGAAGAGUUUAAAUAAGAAGCCUAAAAUCGAAGCACAUACAAAAUCAUACAGAUCUUGAACCGAAAAUAAAAAGUAGAAGAUCAAAUAGGAAUUAAGAUACAGUAAUUCGAGAGACAAACAGAAAAAUUGAGAGAAGAGACAGAAAAAAUAACAAGAGAUAAAACCUAAAGAAAGAAACCUAAACCAGAGAAAAUCCUAAAUCCAUCGUUUGCAACAAUGGAACACUUCGACGUAAGUCUGCGCAACCCCAGCAUGAACCGCGAGUUCUGGACCGAGUUCCUGGACAUCUACAAGUCGGAGCACUGUCUGUGGAACUUCAAGUCGAAAGCCUACCUGAACAAGAACCUGCGGCAACGCGGCUACGAGCGGCUGCUGGAGUUCUUGCGGCGCGGCAUGCCUGACGCGACCAUCGACACCGUCAAGUCGAAGAUCAACACUUUCCGCACCAACUACCGCAAGCAGAUGAAAAAGCUGACUGCGUCAAGGUUGUCCAGCGAGUGUGACGAGUACGAGCCGACACUCUGGUACUUCAACUGCCUGCGCUUCUUGUCGGAGCCCGACGUUGGCGCCGUCUGCAACGGUGACGCGGCGGCUGACGGUGUGACUGUAGCUGAUGUCGCCGUGGACACCUAUGACACCCGGCUGGCUGAAACUGAUGAUUUCACGCCUCAACAACUGGUGGAAGUAGUUCAAACGGACGAAGACGACGCGAUCGAAGAGGACGAGAGUCGGCUGGUGGUCGACACACGCAGUCGCUGCAGUACACCUUCUUCUCCCGUCAGCAAGGUGUCGGACGUUGAUCGGAAACCGGCCAAGCGGCGUCGGGAGGAGCUCUCCGUCGUGGGGGAAGCGGUCACCGGAGGCGGUGCAGCCGCCAUCUGCAACGGGGUCCGAGAGAACGGCACCUCGCACCACCAGGAGGACGAGUGCGAGCUGCUCGGCCGAGUGUGGGCGAGCAAGCUAAGGAGAAUGCCCGACAACCUGAGGCCUUUUGUCGAGAAGCAGGUCAACGAUAUAUUUUUCAACGUGAUUGUUGCCGUCAACGAGGGUCGCGCUUAUCCUGCCGAACAUGGUCAAACUGCUGAGAACGGGGAUCUGCAUCAUCACAAGGGAAACUGAUUUUCUUCGGGUGAAAAUAAUAAUUAAUUUGAUAUUUGGAAGUGUUUGUGAUUGAUGCUAUAUUGUAUCACAAGUGAAACUGUUUUGCUCAAUUAGUCAGUUCACCCAAUUUUCGGCUAAAGAUGGGAGUAAUAACCGGCCGAGUGAAUUCUUUAGGGCCAAGCCACAUGUAGCGUUUAUUCAAGGCGUUUUUGUAGUCGGCAGGGCAGGAAGCUCUUCGAUUGGCUAAUUGGUUUGGCGUUCGGUAAUUAACUGAUAAUCAGCCAAUCGGAGAGCUUCCUGUCUGCUGCUUUGUGUGGCUUGGCCCUAAUAAUCUUCAAUUCACUCCAAGUAGUCUUAAAAAAAUUCAUUUCACACAACUCUACCAACGAGAAACAACGUUGAAUAAUAUGAACUGUUUAGUUGGAAUGAGAAAUUGAAACAAUGGCUAUGGCUUGAAGUGUUCUUUUUCCUUAUGGUCUAGUUAAAAUUAGUUGACCUCCGACCCUUCAUAAGGUGCGUACAGAUAUACGCGCCGCGAACAUGAGCA